AUGCCAUAUACGCAUCCUAUUUCUCAAUUGACACUGGAUACGAAGGAGGUGAUUGCAGCUCAGGGCCAUAGUGGCCACAGUAACUAUGCUGCAAGGCGAGAGCCGAUACUUGACGAGCCUACUUGCAGCGGAGUGCGACCCUUGCUUGCAUCGAGUGCGACCAAUGCAAAGACAGGCGCGAAGAAAAAGGCUGUACGAUUCAAAGAUGAGCUCGAAGAUGUCAGGCUUUUUCGCAAGCUUGACCAGCCUCGGGCUGUCAGCGGGCUUCCUCCAAGCACCAGAUGCCUCCCCGGCAAGCGACUCACGGCAACCCUGCAGCAUGCCUCAUCGGUGUUUGUCCCCAGUACCAGCGGGGGUGACUCAACCCUGAGAUGCUCCGCAAGUUGGAGAAGCCCGAAAUCCAAUGUAUAUCUGGAAGAAGUUCGCCUUUUGGGCGAUGCAACGGCAGUAGUUGGCGUUGUCAACGUGAAGAACCUGGCCUUUGAGAAACACGUUACUUGCCGCUUUACCCUAGACAAUUGGACAACCCAAUCUGAGGUAGCUGCCGACUAUCUCAAGUCAAUCGCAUCGCCAGAUGUGGACGAAGACAGAGACUCAUUCGGCUUCUCCAUACCUAUAUUGGAUUUUAGCCGCCUGGGACGCAACAGGUUGGAGUUCUGUAUUCGCUAUCGUGUAAUCGGCCUGGAAUUCUGGGAUAAUAACAAUUGCACCGACUUUAUGGUAUCCUUUGAGGUCGAACGUCACGAUGAUUCUGUCAAGCCUCUGGCGACUAGUACAGAUUCUCCCGAGGAGACGCACCAAGAUACACGCAGGGCGAGGGAAGGCACUUUGGAGAUUGACGGAUCGUCAGAUAUAACCCUCGGCUAUAACUUCGCCGAACCUGUACAAUCUGGUGCCUUGCGUCGCCAAUACCAUCUUUCUCGAACGCCGUCUACGAUACCUCGGCCAGACAACAAGAAAAGAGACAGUGUUGUGGCUGUAAUGAGAACAGGCCCGAGUGUGGGGGGAGCUCGGGCAAUUCGUCGGGAAACGGGACCGUCAGUUAUCAAGUGA